CCCAGAGGGUCAGAUUUAUGAAUAUAUACAGAAUCCGAAACCAUUUUGCGAAAGAGAGAAACGUUAGGUAGGAAUCAGAUUCAUUUCACCUACCUAUUCUCUUCUCUCUUUCUGGGUUUUGCAAUUCCUUUUGUUCAAUCAAUUUCACCGCCUCGUUUUUAAAUACAAUUUUUUUCCCUUCAUCGAAUUUCUUGUUCACCGAUUUGCUUUGUUUGUCUCCUAAGUAUGGGUUUUUUGGCUACCCAUUUUCCCAAAAUCAGAUCUUUGCUUCACAAAGGCUGACAAUCCUCUUGAAACAAUUUGGAAAACGGAUUUGGGCAUUCAGUAAUCGUUAAACCAAAGCAAAAAGCUUUUAUUUUUCCAAGAAAAAUUAGUUUUUGAAUCAUGGGUAAGGGAGGAAUUCAGUUGUUCGACGAUAAGAUGGAUGGGUUAUUCUCUAUAUGCAAUCUGGGGUCUAAAUGGAGUCUGACAGAGCGGCACCCUUACCCCGGUGGUUUAUUUGCAAGCGUUGGUCAAAUGGGAAUAGGGUUUGGUGUUUCUCCCAAUUCUACAAAUUCCCGUGACAACAGUGGCGUAAAAUCUCCGUACACAGAGUUGUAUGAGAAGUACGUUGCCUCGCCGCAGGAAAUUCGUCUUGUUGGGAUACCAGAAGGGGAAGGCACUGUGAAGAAGAAGGAGAAGAAAGCCGGUCUUAAACUGAAAAUCAAGGUUUCUAACCCUUCAUUAAGGCGCUUAAUAAGCGGCGGAAUAGCUGGGGCCGUUUCAAGGACUGCGGUGGCGCCGCUGGAGACCAUAAGGACGCAUCUGAUGGUCGGCAGCAGUGGGAAUUCUACUGCUGAGGUGUUUCACAAUAUCAUAAAGCACGAUGGAUGGAAGGGGCUGUUUAGGGGCAAUUUGGUUAAUGUGAUUCGAGUUGCACCUAGCAAGGCCAUUGAGCUGUUUGCUUUUGAUACUGUCAAUAAGAAAUUGUCACCCAAGCCUGGAGAACAACCAAAAAUCCCUAUACCUGCCUCAUUAGUUGCAGGAGCUUGUGCUGGAGUCAGCUCAACUUUGUGCACAUAUCCACUUGAGUUAGUUAAGACUCGACUAACCAUAGAGAAAGAUAUGUAUGAUGGCAUACUUGAUGCCUUUGUGAAAAUAUUGCAAAAUGAAGGCCCUGGUGAACUAUAUAGGGGCCUUGCUCCUAGUCUCAUUGGAGUAAUACCGUAUGCUGCCACAAAUUAUUUUGCAUAUGACUCAUUAAAGAAAGCAUACCGGAAAGUCUUUAAGCAAGAGAAAAUUGGAAAUGUUGAAACCCUUUUGAUUGGAUCACUGGCUGGGGCUGUAUCAAGUAGUGCAACUUUCCCACUUGAAGUGGCUCGCAAGCACAUGCAAGUUGGGGCUCUCCAUGGGAGAAAGGUUUACAAGAAUGUGUUUCACGCACUCUCGAGCAUCCUUGAACAAGAAGGCAUCCAGGGAUUAUAUAAAGGUUUGGGUCCUAGCUGCAUGAAGUUGGUGCCAGCUGCGGGAAUUUCUUUCAUGUGUUAUGAAGCAAUGAAAAGGAUACUGGUAGAGGAUGAUGAAGAAGCAUAGAAAAUCUUCAUGGGAAAUAAUAAAGUGACGCAUUAGUCAUGCCUAUUUUUGAACAAGGGACUGAGCUUUCAUUUUUUUUUUUCCUGUACUGAAAUUUU